UAUUUUUUCACAACAAUGGCUAAUUCCAUGGCAAGGUCGUUUCUUCAAGUAGCGGCAACGGAAGAAGUAGCUACUCCUCUAAGAGUUGUUCAAAUCGAGGGACUGGUUAUAUUGAAGAUAAUAAAACACUGCAAGGAGUUUUCACCGGCUUUGGUGACUGGUCAGCUUCUAGGGUUGGAUGUUGGUAGCGUUCUUGAAGUUACUAACUGUUUCCCCUUCCCGAUCCAGGAAGAGGAUGAGGAGAUUGAGGCUGAUGGUGCUAAUUACCAGCUUGAGAUGAUGAGGUGUUUGAGGGAGGUUAAUGUUGAUAACAACACUGUCGGAUGGUAUCAAUCAACAAUGCUGGGCUGUUUUCAGACUGUAGAACUGAUUGAGACAUUUAUGAAUUACCAGGAGAAUAUUAGACGUUGUGUGUGCAUAAUUUAUGAUCCUUCAAGGUCAAAUCAAGGUGCCUUAGCUCUCAAGGCUUUGAAGCUUUCUGAUUCUUUCAUGGAUCUUUACCGCAAUAACAACUUUACCGGGGACAAGUUGAGAGAGAAAAACUUGUCAUGGGUGGAUAUUUUUGAGGAAAUUCCUAUAAAAGUCUCAAAUUCUGCACUUGUCAGUGCUUUUAUGACUGAGCUGGAAGCUGAUACGCCAGUCACCCAGUGUGAUUAUGACCGCCUGCGAUUAUCAAGCAGUCCAUUUUUAGCCAGGAACGUGGAAUUUUUAAUUGAAUGCAUGGAUGAUUUAUCAGCAGAACAACAAAAGUUCCAAUAUUAUUACCGGAACCUGACACGCCAACAGGCCCAGCAGCAUGCAUGGCUUCAAAAGAGAAGGGAUGAGAAUAAGGCACGUAAAGCUGCUGGAGAAGAACCUUUACCUGAGGAAGAUCCUUCAAAUCCCAUCUUUAAGCCAAUCCCAGAGCCAUCCCGGUUAGAAAGCUUUCUUGUAACCAAUCGAAUUGCAAACUACUGCAACCAAAUCAAUGGGGUUACAGGACAGAGUUUCAACAGACUAUAUUUGAUGAAGGCUUUGCACGAUAACUGAUUUAAAGCUUGAUAAAAUCUGAAAGUGGCAUUAUUCAGCCUGUUCAUCGUUUGUCUUGGAUAUAGCUGGUUUACCUUUUGGAAGACGAAAAUUUUGGAGUGGCAAGUAGGAAAAUGUUAUUUGUAAUUUGUGUUUGGUAAGGGAUCUUUUUUUUUUUUUUUUUUUUUUUUUUAAAUGCAAUUUGGCUAUCAUUUUUCAAUACUCAAGUUUAGAGCAUUACAAGACCCCCAAAAUGUAGAAGGCAAAUUAAUAUGCAUGAUAAGAAUUGUUGUAGAAUACCGUUGAUCUGUUUUUAUUUAUUUGUAAUUUGUGGUUUUGUUUUUACUUU